AUGGCAAAAGUCAACAUAACUAGAGACAUCAUCCAUAGGCAGAUCAAGGAGCGAGGUGCCCUGAGCUUUGAGCGGUGCUAUCACGUCACUGACCCCUUUAUCCGACGACUGGGCCUGGAAGCAGAGCUUCAGGGUCACUCAGGAUGUGUGAACUGUCUGGAAUGGAAUGAGAAAGGAGACUUGUUGGCUUCUGGUUCUGAUGACCAGCACACGAUUGUAUGGGACCCACUGCACCACAAGAAGCUGCUCUCCAUGCACACAGGACACACUGCAAAUAUCUUCUCUGUCAAGUUUCUGCCUCAUGCGGGGGACCGCAUCUUGAUCACUGGGGCAGCUGACUCCAAGGUACAUGUCCAUGACCUGACAGUAAAGGAGACGAUCCACAUGUUUGGAGACCACACAAACCGGGUGAAGCGCAUCGCCACGGCGCCAAUGUGGCCUAACACAUUCUGGAGUGCUGCUGAGGAUGGGCUUAUCCGCCAGUAUGACCUUCGGGAGAACAGCAAGCACUCGGAGGUACUGAUCGACCUGACAGAGUACUGUGGCCAGCUGGUGGAGGCCAAAUGCCUCACCGUCAACCCCCAGGACAACAACUGCCUGGCAGUGGGGGCAAGUGGGCCCUUUGUGCGGCUCUACGACAUUCGCAUGAUCCAUAACCACAGAAAGAGCAUGAAGCAGAGCCCUUCGGCAGGUGUGCACACCUUCUGUGACCGGCAGAAACCCCUUCCAGAUGGUGCAGUCCAGUAUUACGUAGCAGGUCACCUUCCAGUGAAGCUGCCUGACUACAAUAAUCGUCUGAGAGUGCUGGUCGCCACCUACGUGACCUUCAGCCCCAAUGGCACAGAGCUGCUGGUCAACAUGGGAGGGGAACAGGUCUAUUUGUUUGACUUGACAUAUAAGCAGCGGCCGUACACCUUCCUCUUGCCUAGAAAAUGCCACUCCUCAGGGGAAGUCCAGAAUGGUAAGAUGUCUACCAACGGGGUGUCCAACGGCCUACACCUUCACAGCAAUGGCUUCCGGCUUCCAGAGAGUAGAGGACACAUGAGCCCCCAGGUAGAGCUCCCCCCAUACCUGGAACAUGUGAAACAGCAAGCUAAUGAGGCUUUUGCCUGCCAGCAGUGGACCCAAGCAAUUCAGCUUUACAGCAAGGCUGUGCAGAAGGCUCCUCACAAUGCCAUGCUCUACGGGAACCGAGCUGCUGCUUACAUGAAGCGCAAGUGGGAUGGUGACCACUAUGAUGCUCUGAGGGACUGCCUCAAGGCCAUCUCCCUAAACCCAUGCCAUCUGAAGGCGCACUUCCGCCUGGCCCGCUGCCUCUUUGAGCUCAAGUACGUGGCUGAGGCACUGGAGUGCCUGGAUGACUUCAAAGGGAAGUUCCCGGAGCAGGCCCACAGCAGUGCUUGUGAUGCACUGGGCCGUGACAUCACCGCUGCCCUCUUCUCCAAAAGUGAUGGUGAAGAGAAGAAGGGAGCUGGGGGGGGCGGCCCAGUCCGCCUUCGCAGCACAAGCCGCAAGGACUCCAUCUCAGAGGAUGAGGUGGUGCUGCGGGAACGAAGCUACGACUAUCAGUUCCGCUACUGUGGCCACUGCAAUACCACCACGGAUAUCAAGGAGGCCAAUUUCUUCGGCAGCAAUGCUCAGUACAUCAUCAGUGGCUCUGAUGAUGGCUCCUUCUUCAUCUGGGAAAAGGAGACCACCAACCUAGUCCGCGUGCUUCAGGGAGAUGAGUCCAUCGUUAACUGCCUGCAGCCACACCCCAGCUACUGCUUCCUGGCCACCAGCGGUAUUGACCCUGUCGUACGGCUCUGGAAUCCCCGACCAGAGAGUGAAGACCUCACAGGCCGAGUUGUGGAGGACAUGGAGGGCGCUUCUCAGGCUAACCAGCGGCGCAUGAAUGCCGACCCGCUGGAAGUGAUGCUGCUCAACAUGGGCUACCGGAUCACAGGCCUGAGCAGUGGGGGGGCUGGGGCCUCCGAUGAUGAGGACAGCUCUGAGGGCCAGGUGCAGUGCCGGCCCAGCUAG